AUGUGGCCGCAUUUGAUAGGAAAGGCAAAAUCUGGAGGAAUAGAUGUAAUCGACACGUACGUGUUCUGGAACAUUCACGAGCCGCAACAAGGCAAGUUUGAUUUCAGUGGACGCCGUGAUAUUGUGAGGUUCAUCAAGGUAAUACAAGCGCAUGACUUAUAUGUCUGUCUUCGGAUUGGACCGUUCAUCCAAGGUGAAUGGUCAUACGGGGGUUUGCCUUUCUUGUUGCAUAAUGUUCCAUAGAUUGUCUUUAGAACUGAUAAUGAGCCAUUCAAGUAUUACAUGAAGAGAUAUGCACAAAUGAUUGUUAAGUUGAUGAAGUCGGAAAACUUGUAUGCUUCUCAAGGAGGGCCUAUAAUACUCUCACAUAUUGAGAACGAAUAUGGAAUGGUAGCUAGAGCUUUUAAGCAAGAAGGGAAAUCAUAUGUCAAAUGGGCAGCGAAAUUGGCUGUGGAGCUUGACACAGGAGUGCCAUGGGUCAUGUGCAAGCAAGAUGAUGCCCCUGAUCCUUUGAUUAAUGCUUGCAAUGGGAGGCAAUGUGGAGAAACAUUUAAAGGACCUAAUUCACCAAACAAACCUGCAGUAUGGACCGAGAACUGGACGAGUUUUUACCAAACAUUUGGUGAGGAACCUUUGAAAAGGUCAGCUGAGGAUAUAGCAUUUCAGGUUGCUCUAUUCAUCGCUAGGAAUGGAAGUUUCAUAAACUACUACAUGUAUCAUGGAGGAACAAACUUCGGAAGAAAUGUUUCGUAAUUCAUAAUCACCAGUUAUUACGAUCAGGCUUCAGUUGAUGAAUAUGGGUUACUUCGGCAACCCAAAUGGGGACACCUUAAGGAAUUACAUGCUGCAGUUAAGUUGUGUGAAAAGCCUCUACUUUCUGGACUGCGUGCUACAACAUCUUUGGGGAAGCUACAAACUGCUUUUGUGUUUGGGAAGAAUCCAGAGCUAUGCGCUGCCUUUCUUAUGAACCAAGACGAAAUUCAUUCCACUGUGCAUUUUCUCGAUUCUUCAUACACUCUGUCACCAAACUCUAUUAGUGUCCUCCCAGACUGCAAGAAUGUCGACUUCAACACUGCCAAGGUUAAUGCGCAAUACACCACGAGAACAAGGGAACCAAGACAAAAACUGUCUUCUUCUCGCAUGUGGGAGGAAUAUACAGAAACUGUCCCGAGUUUCAGUGAUACGACAAUAAGAUCAGAAUUCUUGCUUGAACACAUGAAUACAACACAAGAUACUUCUGACUAUCUUUGGCAAAUAUUUAGGUUUCAACAACCUGAACGAGCUGAAUCAAUUCUUAAAGUCAACCACAUUGGACAUGUUCUGCACGCAUUUGUUAAUGGGAGGUUCAUAGGUUCUAUGCACAGAGCUUUCAAAGUGCAGAGGUUCUUGCUAGAGAAAAAUAUGUCAUUGAUUAAUGGCACAAAUAGCAUCGCAUUACUGAGCGUAAUGGUAGGAUUACCGAAUUCAGGAGCACAUCUUGAGAGGAGAGUUGGUGGAUCUCGGAGCGUAAAGAUCUGGAAUGGUACACAUGCACUGUACUUCAACAAAUUUGCCUGGGGAUAUGAGGUAAAACUUCUGACUUUGAUUCUUCAUCAGAAUUUUUUUUCCUUCAUGUUAACUAGCACUGGCUCAAAACCGUUGCGGAGGUUGGGCUGCAUGGAGAGCAAGUAAAUGUUUACACGGAUCAUGGGGCGGCCACAGUUCAGUGGAAGCAAUACACAGACUCCAAAAGUCAGCCUCUAACUUGGUACAAGAGGCCUUAUUUGAUACACCAAAAGGGACAGAUCCUAUGACCUUGAACUUGACAUCAAUGGGAAAAGGGGAAGCUUGAGUGAAUGGCCAGAGUAUCGGUCGGUACUCGAUCUCAUUUCAUACUACCAAGGGAAGCCCUUCUCUGAUAUGGUACCAUAUACCAAGAUCUUUUCUUAAUCCCAAUAGUAACCUGCUUGUCAUCUUGGAAGAAGAAAAGGAAGGGAACCCUCUUGGUAUAACUAUAGACACAGUGUCAGUCACUGAAGUCUGUGGUCACGUCUCCAGUUCACAUCUUCCUCCAGUGGUCUCUUCGAGAAGAAGAAGCCACAACCGAACUGAGCACCGACAUCUAAAGUACCAGUAUGAAAGGAGGCCUAAGGUUCAGCUCCAGUGUCCUUACGGCAAGAAAAUCUCAAAGGUGUUAUUUGCAAGCUUUGGUUCUCCAAAAGGAAACUGUUGGAGGCAUUCUAUAGGAAGCUGUCACUCACCCAACUCGUUAGAUGUUGUACAGAAGGCUUGUCUGAGAAAGAGUAGGUUUUGUACCAGUGUGGAGAAAAACAUUUGGUGGUGAUCCAUGUCAACACACUGUUAAAUUCCUGCUUGU